AUGAAAAUGGAUCAUGAAUCUGGACAUCUUAAAGGGCCUUCUUCAUUGUUAUCACCUGUAUAUUUGGAAGGAAAGAAUUUAGUGAAAAACAAACUUUUAGAUGAACCUUUCACUAAAACUUCAUCAGCUUCCAAUACACUUUCUUCGCUCUCAUUAAAUAACAAAUCAUUAAAAUCAUCCAUCAGUCUAUCAUACACAGGUUCAGUCCUACAUUGUGAUCACGAAGUAACAGUCAGACCUAAUGAUAAGCAUCAUGUGGAGAGAAGAACAAGUGUUCCAAGUUCACUUAAAUCAACUCCUAUCGACUGGUUAAACGACGCUAUAAUCAAAAUUUCAGAUACUAGUUUUCAAAAUAUACUAGAAUGUACGGUUGAUGAUUCUAUGAAAAGCAAUUCUAUUCAUAAUACAUUUGGUAAUUUACUGACAUACGAACGCAGAGAUACCUACAAACAGCUGAAACUAGAGUUAAUUAGCUGCAUAUCCUCCUCUAUAGUCGAUGGCAGUCCAUCUAAAGAAAAGAAAAUUGUUUUGGGACAAUCAAUUCACUCUUGUAUUGAUAAAGAUCCAGAAUUUAUACUUAAAGCAGCUUUGUAUUGCCGUAGAGAGUUGAAUAUACGUACAACAACCAAUAUAUUAAUAGCUGUUGCUAGCUGUAAUGAGCGGUCUCGAUCUUUUAUUAAGAAGUACUUUUCUUCUUGUAUUCGCACACCGUCAGACUGGAUAGAGGUUGCCGAAUACUAUGCAAUGAUAAGUGGCAAUCCAAGUUUGAAAGGUAUGCCAAAAGUCUUACGGAAUAGUAUGACAUCAAAGUUCCUUGAAUUUGAUCAGUACCAACUUGCUAAACAUUCCAAACCCAGAGCAAGAGCUAAUCGUUCAAAGAAAUCGAAGGCUCUGAAAAGAAGCCAAAAUGGUGUAGUAGUCAAUACGGAUAUCGAUGCCAUUAUAUAUAGAUUGGCACACUCACCUCGUAUAUAUUUUACAAUAAAGGAGCUUAUUCGUAGAUUGCAUAUAUCAAGGCCCAAGUUCAACGUUAUGUGCGUUCUGGGAAAACCUUACCCAUCGGAUAGUACUGAUUUUAUUCGUAUGGGACUGGAAGGAGAUUGGGAUUCAUCUAAAGCAGGUACAUGUAUGAAGUUUCCUAUUCCUGUUACAUGGGAAACAGAAUUAUCAGUCAAUGGAAACAAUUCAGAUUCUUGGUCAAAACUUAUAACUUUAAACAAAGUCCCACAUAUGGCGAUGUUAAGAAAUCUGCGCAAUAUUCUGAAGUCCGAUAUUCAAGAUGGUAUUCAUGAAAUAGUCUUAAAGAGGCUUACAGAUCCUCGUAUUAUUAUAGAAGGGAAGCAGUUUCCGUUCCGUUAUUUCUCGGCUUUUGAUACUCUUGAAAAGUGUGAACGCAGAUUAACUUUUCAACAAUCUGUAUACCGUACCGAACUUAUACAAGUAAUGAAACGUAAGAAAAAAACACCUAGGGUAUUGAAAAAAUCGGAAUGGUUAGCGAAACACUUGAGAUUGUUUACCGGAAAGUGGCUCUUUUGCGAUCACAACACUUUGAACCGAUAUAAAAAUGCGUUAAAUACCGCUUUAGAAUUAUCAAUGAAGCAUAAUUUGCCACCAAUAUGUGGUUCAACAUUAAUUAUAUGUUCUACUAGUAAAUAUGUCAAUCCUUCUAAACAUAGAUUAUCAAAAUCUUAUAUACAAAUUCUAGGUUUCCUUCUUGGCGCAAUGUGUACGUCGAUAUGUGAAACACCUACAACCUAUGUUACAGUUGAUGAUCAAUACAAUUUAACCCCAAUUGAAGUUGUAUUCAGAGAAAAACGGACUUUAAAUAAUGACGACUCGAAACAUAACGAAUGUCUAUCUAAACAUAAAAAUAUGGGCAUUCUAGAAAGAACAAAGCAAAUGUAUGAAACACGUGGUUCACUUAUAUCUACUCCAGUUACGACAGUUUUUGAGAAACUCUAUGCUUAUUGGAAGCAGUUUGAUAAAAUUGUUAUCUUUGGCGACUGUCAUAAGGAAAUUGUUGAUUAUGUUAUAAAUUAUCGGACAUACGUUUGGCCAUUGAAAGCAAUCUGGGGAAAUUUGAGUGGUGAAGACAUAUGGCCAAAAUCAUGUAGUAAGGAUGGUUGGAUUGAAUUCAAAGGGUGUACAGAUCAAAUUCUACGUUAUAUUGCUGAACCAAAUGAAGAUAAAUUACUUGAACGUAUUGAGAAAAUGGAUGAAAUCUAUGGACUAAAUAAGAAUAUUUCACAUCACUUUAAUUUAAAAACAAAAAUACAAGAAGAUCAUGAUAAUAGUAUAUUAUCGAAACGUGAUUAUUUUAGAUCAGGAUGGAAAUGUUGUCAGUUGUUUAUUUCAUCUACAUUUCGUGAUAUGCACGCUGAACGUGAUCUAUUAUGUGGUAUACUUGUACCUGCUUUACGUAGGAAUGUUGCAUUAGGUUUACGUGUACAUUUAAAUGAAAUCGAUUUACGUUGGGGUGUUCCUGAACCAGCUACAUACAAUUCACAAGCACUACAGAUAUGUUUAGAACAAGCGGCUGCUAGUGAUAUUUUUGUUCUGUUAUUGGGCGAUCGUUAUGGUUGUAUACCAGACGAAGCUGAAGUUAUGUUAUUACCUGAAUCAUUAUUAUCUGAAGUGUGUAAAUUUUAUAAACCUGGAAUGUCUAUGACUGAAAUGGAGUAUCAUAUGGCUAGACAAGCUGCCAUAUCUAAAGUCCCUAUUCAUGAAAGACGACAGCAGAAUACAAUAAGUUUUCAUGAGGCAAUACGUCUUCGAAUUUGUGUUUUCAUUAGAGAUUCAGCAUCUAUAGAAAAUGUACCAGAUGAAUUGAAAGAUUGUUUUGAAGAGUAUGAUGUUGAAAGACGUAAUCGUCUUAACGCCUUCAAGGAAUUAAUUCGUAAUGAUGGUGUUAUUGUUAGUCAUAACUUUAAGCCUGAAAUUAAAUCAAAACGAGAUGAUAACUCUACCGUUCAGUCCGAUAUACAUUCUAUUUGCAAUUUAUCCAUUGUACCUUUGUAUACUUCUUGGUCACAUUCUAUUGAACAUGCAGAGAAUGGGACAGGUGAAGCUGGUGGUACUCUAUGCGCAUCUGCUUCUAAUUCUAUCUCAGUUAGCGGAGGUGGGAAUUGUGAAGUAUGGGCGUAUUUUGUUGGUUCCAAGUUAGAAAAUCCUUUAGUGAGAUCAAUUUGUCUUCGACAACAUAGUGGUCAAAUAACUGCUGUCGCAGUACAAAUGAAUUUUAUAGCUACUGGCUCGAAAGAUAAAAAUGUAGCUAUCUACAGUUAUGAUUCAAAUACUACAAAAGUAACACUUCAAUACAUCAUACAUAAUGCUUCUAAAGAUUGGAUUAUAUCAUUGAAAUGGUCAUAUAUUCCGCAUAAAAUGCAUGACAGAAAACUAACAUUACUUGUUGGAAGUAAUGAUCAGUCAAUUCAUCUAUAUAGAAUUAAAUCAAAGAAAUAUAAAUUGAACCAAACACUUGUUUCAUAUAAACUUGGCAUUAAAUCACUUGAUUUCAAUUAUCCUUAUAUUUUUUCUGCUACAUCUGAUGGUCAUGUAAGUGUAUGGCGAUAUGGUCGAAAUGAAAAUUUUGAACUUAUCAGUGAAAUGAUAAUAUCAUCACCGUUAGACAACUUGAACUCGAAUACAACCAAUGAGAAUGUAGUGAAUCUUAUUAAAGUUCAAUCAUUUGAAUAUACUCCUUGUUAUUAUUCCUCGAACAAUAAAAAUGUUAUCAAUUCUUACGAUGAACUAGAAUCUCAUAAAAGUAAAGAUUCUGUGGUCGAUACUAUGGUUUCCAAUAAUAGUCCACGUUCAUUAUCGUCUAAUAAUAUUAAUAACAAUGAAGAUGACAGUUUACAGCAUCAGGAUAUUACGGAUGAAAAUCUAGUUAGCGACGAAGAAAGUGUGAAAGGAACUUCUGAUCAGUGCUGUUUAAAUAAUGAUGAAUUAAUGGACGAGGGUUCCGAUGAAACACCAAGUCAGUGCUCAGAGAAAGAUCUAAUGACUGUGAAUAAGUGUAAUAAUGUUGCUUUCAAUAGUGAUGAAUCAGCAGGAUCUCACAUUUUUGACAAAUUUGUUAAUCAUCCUGGCUCCUUGUCAGAAUUACUUGAUGAGACUAAUGUGAAACUUUUGGUUGGUCAAACAAUUUCCGGUUCACGUAAUAUUCAAGAGUUUCAAUUUCGAGUAUAUGAACCAUCACUUACAGGAUAUCAUGCUACUCUAAGUGGUCAUGCUGGCUUAAUUCCUUGUGGAUUAAGUUGUACAAAACCUCUGAAUUCGAAUAAUGAUGAUACAUUACUUAUCAGUGUAGCUGGUCAAAAUUGUGAUUCUAAAACAAUUGGCUGUGAUAUUCGACUGUGGAAUUUACCUUUAUCGAAUAGUUCUUUAUCAUGUAAACCAACUCUUCAACAUACUGGACCAGUUAUAUGUGCUGAUUAUCUGUAUGUGACAAAGAAUUUACAACUUUGUAUAACUGGUUCAGUUGAUGGUGAUUGUAUUGUUUGGGCUGCUCGUGGUUCAUCAACUUCUCAAUCAAUCAAACCUAUAACUACUGCUACCACUACAUAUCAACCGUUGAUACGUUUAACUAAUUCAGAUAUGAAACCAAGAUACAGUAUAAACAGUAUUGUUACACAAUCAUGGACAAUGAAUAAUGAAGAAAAUAAAAUAGAUUAUUUCAUUUUUAUUGCUUUCGGUUAUGAGAUUUUAAUAUUGCACAUACACCUUAAUCAUGAUAUUUUAAUUAAUAAAACUGAUUUGGAAAAUAGUUUAUUAGAGUUAUUUUCAAAUGGAAAACAAUUGGAUAUAAAUAUUGUUGAAUUAAAUGCAUUAUGGUCAAUUAAAACAACUGAUGGUUACGCUGAAAUACAAAGAUUUAAAACAGACCAUAUCGUUGUCGAAAUGUCUGCUUUACAUCAUGAACCAGUUAAUAUGAAUCAGUGUGGUGUUGUAGCACUUUUGUCCAAUGGUGAAAUUGUCAUUAUUCCAUUUAAACGUACAGACGAUGAACUCAUUCACCUUCGUGUUCAAGAUAACUGUAAUCUUUCAAGUCAUUGGUGCAGUUCAUUAUGUACAUAUCAGGAUGGUAUACUUGUAGCACAUAAUGGAUCAGCUUUAUUUCAUCCAUUUGAUGAUCAUAGUGCAAAUGUAUUCACACCACUUCGUGGAUCUAUCAAUAAUUUGGAAAAUAUCUAUAUUGACAGAAUUGAACCACUUUGUUUACCUAACGGAAAUAGUUUCAAGUUAUUUUAUAUUGUAACAAGCAAAUUAAAAUCUGAACCACAGAUUAUCUUCUUUAAUAGUGAUGAGCAUAUGCUAUUGAAUAUUUCGCUGGAAGGAAUGGAUUUACAUGUCACUGCUUAUUGUAUCACUUCAACUCAUCUUGAUAGUGAAAAGUUAAUAGUGUAUUUAUUGUUGGCAACGUCGGAUAGCUUUCUACGUUUGUUGAAAUGUUCUAUCAAUGUUUGUAAUAAAUCGAAAUUAAGCAAAUGGGAACAGAUCAAAAUUUAUCCAACUGGCGAGCAGAUUACGAAAUUGGUCACUUUCAAUAAAGAUCCUGUGAGGAUUAUGUGUUGCCUUCAGAAUGGUCAGAUUGAUUUUUACACCAUAGAACAAUAG